GGAAUUGCUUUGGAGAAACCAUAACAGACAUGGGAUUCAAGGGCGUAAAACGGUCUGCCCCAGCCACUGAGGGCUCCUCCAAGAAACGUAAAGUCCAGCCAGGCAAACAAGCAAACUCACAAAAGAAAUCGCAGGCAAAGGCAAAAGGCAAAGAAAAGGCAUCCGAUAAACCAAUCAUCCCUAUUCCCGGUGCAGAUAUCGACGAUGAAAACCACUCAGAUGACGCUUUACUGUCUGAAGAGGACGUAGACAUUCUUGGAGAAUAUGGCAACGCCGUAGCAUUCCUUGAUAAAUUGGAUCGUACAGGUAUCUCAAGAAGUAAAAAGGAGACAGUGCGACUACAUCAGCUAAACAAACCUGUACGCAAGGCUCCCGUACACGAUGACCUGCCUUCCAUCGACUCACAUGACGAAGAUGAAGAUUCUUGGAGUUCUGAUGUGGGCGAAGAAGACGACUCCUUACAUGUCGACAGUGAAUCAGAGGCAUCCGACGCGGAUCAAAGCGACUUGCCUGUAAACGACAUGGACUCUGACACUGAAAUGCCAUAUGAAAAGGUUCCGCGGAAACGAAGACUUUCAUGGGACUCCGACAAGGAGCAUCAAAUUCAGAAGUUACCUAUUAAACUAGGCGAUGGUCGAAUACAACGGCAAGGGCAAAAGGACGUCCCUGUCAGAUCAAAUCCCGAAGACGAAAGUGACGAAGAAUCUGUUACUUCAGAAAAGUCACCACUGGAACCUCAAAGAGACGACGUCGCCACCGGUGCUCGAUUUGGUCGUCCAGCCGUUGUUGACGUAGUCAGCAAUCAGUCUCGGAAGGCUAGGGUGCAGGGAGCAAAAGAGCAAAUAGCCAGUAUAUGUCAGGAAAUUAUAUCAGAACCUGAAAAUAGUGUGAGUUUUCUAUUAGGGCUUUUGCGACGCCUUCACACGUUCUCUCUCGAAAAAAUCACUACACCCACCCAUCCAGAACCCGUUAUAAACGAUGUCAUAAUCCGAAAACUCGCUAUCCUUUCUCAGCUUGCUGUAUUCAAAGACAUCAUCCCUGGAUACCGGAUCCGUGCUCUUACAGACAAGGAAAAAGCGGAGAAAGUCAGUCAAAUGGUUUCGCGCACGCGAGAUUAUGAGCAGGGCCUUGUAUUUGUCUACCAAAAUUAUCUUCGAUCUCUUGAAGCUGAACUCAAAGUGAAAAGCGAACUUGCCGACGUCGCUCUGCAAUGCAUCUGUACCUUGGCCACGGAGGUCACCCAUUUCAACUUCAGAAGCAAUCUUAUCACGUGUAUUGUAGCUCGCCUGAGUAAAAGGUCAUGGGAUCCUUCUUCUGAUCUUUGCAUGAGUACGCUCGUUACAAUCUUCCGUGAAGACCUCACUGGCGUUCCAUCUCUGGAAGUAGUGCAACUACUGAAUCGUAUGGUCAAGGAACGCAGAUUUAACAUUCACCCUGAAGUCUUGACUUGCCUACUACAUCUACGAUUGAAGACGGAACUUGCGGUUCGCUCUUCUGAUUCGAAGGCGAAUAAAGAAGAGAAGAAUUAUAAAACUUACUCCAAAGGCAGGGCCGCAGCACGUAGGGCGAAAGGUAAACCCACCGAUCAACCCCAUCUUAGCAAGAAAGCACAGAAGGCUCUUAAGGAGAAAAAGGAAAUACAGCGUGAGUUUCGUGACGCGGAAGCCGAAGUUGACAAAGAGGAGCGAGCAAAAACACACACCGAAACGUUGAAACUAGUGUUCGUUUUGUAUUUUCGUGUGCUCAAGAAUCCCCGGCCGACACCUCUUCUACCGGCUGCCUUACGGGGUAUUUCCAAGUUUGCACAUCUAGUCAACAUAGACUUCUUCAAGGACCUCAUGCAAGUUCUAAAAGGGCUCAUUACACGCGAGUCAACAGAUGAUGAAGACGACGAUGACGGACCUUUGCAUCGUGAUAUCAAUAACGACACCAGGGACAUCCAUCAUCGCCUACUCUGCAUCGUUACAGCCUUUGAGCUCCUAUCAGGACAAGGCGAGGCGCUGAACAUUGAUUUGAGCGACUUUGUCAAUCACCUGUACGCUAUUAUCUUACCGAUCAGUCUUCUUCCAAAAUUAGACCUUCCUCCACCUUCCGCAUCUUCCUCCGAUGUACGAACCACAAAAGCGCCAUCGGUUGCGGAUAUGCUAUUCAGGGCCCUGGUGAUUGUGUUCUCUCCGCGGACCUCGGGCCUUGCAGCACCCCCCUGGCGCUCAGCGGCUUUUGCCAAGCGUCUACUCCUCGCAUCGUUGAACUGGCCACCUGGUACGGUUUUGCGCGCGCUUGAAUUUGUAGGAGGGUUGAUCGCAAAGGAUCCAAAGCUUGAAGCCCUGUUAUCGACAGAGGAUCGCACAUAUGAUGGAAUUUAUCUUCCCGAGAUCGAUGACCCACAGUUGUGCCAUCCAUUUGGUACAUCAUUUUGGGAACUUCAGCUCUUGCAACAAACCCACUAUGACGCUCGAGUACGCGAAGCAGCUCGUCAAUUGUCUAGAUAUACUAGGUCAUGAUGAUGAAGGAUUGGACUGGAAUUAACUACGAGAUACAUGCUUUACAAGUUUCAUUAUCGAUCUACAUUGUGAGGGGUAACGAUGAAUACAAUGAACAUGAAACAAAGCGAAUGUAUCAACAUCGGAAGAGUGCGAUUGUACUAUAAUAUUACCACAUGCUGAACGAAUCAAAGUACCAAUGAAUAGAGAGCGAGAGUCGAUUAGUCCGAAACAACUGCAUAAAUAAUGGUCCACUAUCCAUGUGGCAUCCAACAGGAAAAGAAAACAAAGUUCUGUGAACGAAAUAGCGGCGAAUUAUUGAUACAUUGCCGAUGUUGUCAUGCCCGAAAGUGUCGAAGACGAGACACUAUGUGUGCUGCUCCUAUUGUCGAAGGGAAGUGGUGCACUCGGUAAAGAUGCUUGGGCAGGAUAACAAGAGCGGGGAGUGCUUUGCGUAUGUGUGGGUGGUGGAUGAUUGGGUGCAUAUACACGUUGUGGCUUCUCUGGAGAAGCGUUAUAUUUAGAAAACCCUGUGAGUUCCGCAGACGGCAUGUUGUCGCAGUUUUCCCGAUCGAGGUCGUAGACGAUGACGGCCAACAAUCCGUCAUCUACGAAGAUUUUUUGCACGAUGGACGUCUCUAUGG